UUCCUCCCAUAAAGACCAAAACCAAAAAAAGGCACAAAAUUAUAAAUAUCCCAAGUUAUUCCCAACUUUCAUAAAAGUUAUCAUAAACCAAUUCAUAAUAAUUCCCCAAAUCUCUUUUCCAAUUACCCCUCAAAUAAAUAAAUGGCGUCAAUUAUAGGAAAAACGUCGAAAACUGCAUUGUUACGCUUUGAUCAUACCCCAGAAAAGUGACGUUUUUCUAUCAAUUUUCAUUUUUCCUAAAGUCCAAGGAAUGGAGGAAGUGAAUAAAAUUCUGUACAUAGUGGUAGUCGAUAAUGAUGAAAAUAAUAAGAAAGGUAAUGUUGGGAAGAACGAGAAGGAGGAGAAGGAGUCUUUUCGUUAUACGCGUUCACUUCUUCAGAGCACCUUGCAACUCAUGGGAUGUAAACCUCGUUAUGCCACCAAGAUUAGUAAGAGGGUCUUUGGAUGUAUCCAAAGUCAAAGCUCUAAGGAUGACAAAGACAUUGUAGGAAGAUGUACUUCCAAUGCUGCAAGUAGUCUGCUUGUCAAAUCUGAAGAAAACGAAGAAAGUAAGAAUGUGUCUUCGGAGUUGUACAAAAGGCGCACAACUGUGUUCAUCAACAGGGACAAGUUCAUAGACAUUGUAUGUGAUGCUCUAGCUGAAUAUAAAUACAUUGGUCCAAAUCAAAAAGCAGAUUUGAUUUUGGCUUGCAGGAUUCGUGAAAGGAAGGGAUCUCUAACUGUCCUGUUGUGUGGAACUAGUGGCUGCGGGAAGUCAACGUUGUCUUCAAUACUGGCUAGCAGAUUGGGUAUCACAACUGUGAUAUCAACAGACUCUAUCCGGCACAUGAUGAGGAGUUUUGUAGACGAGAAAAAGAACCCGUUGCUGUGGGCCUCAACCUAUCAUGCAGGGGAGUGUUUAGAUCCUGUUGCUGUUGCAGAAGCAAAAGCUAGGAGGAGGGCUCGGAAAAUGGCUGGAAUGUCAUAUUCGGUUUCUAAAGAUCAAUUGUGUGAUAGCAACACUCAGGAAGAGAAAUCUGAUAGCCUGCAGCCAGAUGCAGUUGCUAACAGUGCUAACAGUACUGAACUCAUCAUAAGUCCAAAACAAAUGGCUGUUGAAGGAUUCAAAGCGCAAAGCGAAAUGGUCAUUGAGAGUCUUGAACGCCUUAUUACUUCAUGGGAAGAAAGGAAAGAAUCGGUAAUCAUUGAAGGGGUACAUUUAAGUCUCAAUUUUGUGAUGGGGCUAAUGAAGAAACAUCCAUCAAUAGUACCUUUUAUGAUAUACAUAACAAAUGAAGAUAAGCAUUUGGAAAGAUUUGCAGUUCGCGCCAAGUACAUGACACUAGACCCUUCAAAAAACAAAUAUGUGAAAUACAUCAGAAAUAUCCGGAGAAUACAAGAAUAUCUAUGCAAUCGAGCAGACAAGCAUCUAGUGCCAAAAAUCAACAACACGAACGUUGACAAAAGCGUGGCAGCUAUCCACGCCACGCUAUUUAGCUGCCUAAAGAGGCGUGAAGCGGGAGAACAGCUUUACGAUCCUGCUACAAACACUGUGAGUAUCAUCCAUGAAGAGUACAAGAACCAAUGCGCUGCACAUUCUUUGAGUUCAAAGGGUAUAUUUCAGUUGAUUCAAAGGAAGGGUUCAUCAAGGCAUUUGAUGGCCUUUGUUAAUGAUGAUGGUUCAAUUGCAAAAGCUUGGCCAGUUGAUACUUCAGAUAAUAGAGGAACACCGAUGUAUGGGUGUUUGCAUAUUGGUAAGGCAGAGCCUGUGAACCUUCAGUUUGGUCAUUUUGGGAUAAGUGCUUGGCCAAGUAGUGAUACUGGUGGAACUAGUCAUGCUAGUAGUUUUGAUGAAUCUAAGACUGAUUGGCUUUGUACUGAUACUAGCAGUAAGUGUUACUCUUCUUGCUGUAGCUCUCCUCGGAUGUCUAAUGGACCCGCUAAGAGGGUUAAGGAGGAACACUCAGUUUCCGGUAGUGAUGAAGAAGUUGAUGAUCCCCCUGAAGUAGACAGUGAUGAAGAUCUCAGUGAUGGUGGCAAACAUACUCAUGAAGAGAUUGAAGGAUCUGUUGAUGAGGAAUCAGCAAAGUCUGAUGAAGAGUAUGACGAACAAGAGAACACUUAUAAUGACGAGGAGUACACAGAUAACUUAUCAAAUUUUCUGAAGAACAAUAAAAACAAAAGCGACAAAUUUCCUCCAACGCUUAACAUGUAUUUGAGAGCUCAGAGUGAGCCUUUAUCAGAACAGAAUGGCACUAACUCUUCCCUUCUUGAACAAGGGAUGAGAAUAAGAACACGCCGUAUUUAAAAAAAUUCUAGGCCGAAGAAACACUCCCUUCAGCAACUGAUUCUAUUCAGUAGAACAAUUUUGUUCAGUAGAGAAAAUUAGAGCCAUGUAUAGUUAAAACUUAAAAGGGUGUUGAGCAUUGUUGUUGUUGUUGUUGUUGUUGUUGUUGUUGUUGAAGUGUUGGCAUCAUCAUCGUUGUAUUUCUUGUUGUUACGAUGUUAAGUGAACAUGGAUGUCUGUUGGUGAGAUCGAUCAAGAUGCUAAUUAAGUUUGUCUGAGUUAGACAGA